AUGGAGAAUUCCCAUGUAUGUCCUAACGAAGUUAAGGAUGUCUCCUUGCAAGAACUAAGAGAUAGGCUUCAAGAAUUUGCUAGAGCUAGGGGUUGGGACCAAUAUCACAGUCCUAGAAAUCUUCUUCUGGCUCUGGUUGGAGAAGUGGGAGAGCUAUCUGAAAUAUUCCAAUGGAAAGGAGAAGUAGCAAGAGGACUCCCCAAUUGGACUUCUGAUGAGAAACAACAUGUUGAAGAGGAACUCUCUGAUGUUUUACUUUACUUAUUACAAUUGGCUGAUGUUUGUGGAGUUGAUCUUGGCCAGGCUGCUCUCACAAAAAUCAUCAAAAAUGCCCAGAAAUACCCUGUUAAUCCAACUACUUUUAAUUAA